AUGGUGAAGUCAUACCUAAAGUUCGAGCACUCGAAAACUUUCGGGCUCGUUGCCUCCGCUACGUCGAAUGCGAUCUGGGCCCGCGAUGAUGUUUUCGCUGGCGCAGCCCGCCAGACCGGCUCCGGACGAGCCAUUGUAGGCGCCGGUGAGGAAGUUCUUUGUUGGGAUAUAAAGAAGGGUGAAUUGCUUGGGAAAUGGAAAGAUUCCUCGUGCAAAGCGCAAGUGUCUGUGGUUACCCAAAGCAAAACAGAUGAGGAUAUUUUCGCAGUCGGUUAUGAAGAUGGUAGUAUCCGCCUCUGGGAUUCAAGGACCGCAACAGUUAUGAUCUCGUUCAAUGGCCACAAAUCUGCCAUUACCCAACUCGCCUUCGAUAGCGCCGGUGUCCGCCUGGCAAGUGGUUCAAAGGAUACGGAUAUUAUUCUUUGGGAUCUUAUUGGAGAAGUUGGACUGUUCAAGCUACGCGGGCAUACUGAUCAGGUCACUUCGCUUCAUUUCCUCGUUCCAUCGUUGGAACUGCUCAAUGCCGCUGGACUGAGUGAGCACAAAGGGUUCCUGUUGACAACUGGCAAGGAUUCUCUGAUCAAAGUUUGGGACUUGUCCUCGCAACAUUGCAUUGAAACACACGUGGCACAAUCCAACGGCGAGUGCUGGAGUCUUGGCCUCUCUCCUGACCAGAGCGGGUGUAUCUCCGCGGGAAAUGACGGCGAGCUCAAGGUCUGGUCGAUUGAUGAAAGCGCUCUGAUUGAGAUCUCGAAGGAGAAAGUCGGAUCGGAGGAUCGGCGGAUUCUGACGGAAAGGGGCACAUUUUAUCGCAAUGGAAAGGAUCGCACCAUUGGCGUCAGCUUUCAUCCCCGGGCGGAUUAUAUCGGAAUUCACGGCUCAGAAAAGGCAGUCGAGAUCUGGCGCAUCCGCUCAGAGACAGAGGUUCAAAAGGCUUUGGCAAGGAAGCGCAAGAGGAGAAAGGAGAAGGAAGCCCAGCGUACAGCUGACAAGGAGGGCGCCGUGGUGGAGGCUGAGAAUGAUAAGUCCGAGGACAUUUCCUCAGCGCCUGUCACAGAGGUUUUCGUCUCCCAUACGAUCGUUCGUACCGGUGGCAAGAUGCGGUCUUUCGACUGGAUAAGAACGAAGUCGAGCCGCAGUAUUCAGCUGGUCGCUGCAACCACUAAUAACCAGUUGGAAGCCUACACGGUCAACAUGAGCCGGAAGAACGCCGAAGAUGAAGAGGAUUACAGUCGUAACCUGGCAGUUGAUAUCCCGGGUCACCGCACUGAUAUCCGGUCUCUUGCCUUGAGUUCGGACGACCGGAUGUUAGCGUCUGCCUCUAAUGGCAGCCUUAAGAUUUGGAACGUACGUACACAGAGCUGCUUACGUACCCUGGAAUGUGGUUACGCUCUGUGCUCGGCUUUCCUUCCUGGAGACAAGAUUGUGGUGGUGGGUAACAAAGAUGGCCAGCUUGAGGUUUUUGACAUUGCGUCGUCAACCCUCCUGGAUACAAUCAACGCGCACGAUGGACCAGUAUGGACACUCCAUGUUCACCCUGAUGGCAAGUCUGUGGUCAGUGGCAGUGCCGACAAAUCUGCGAAGUUCUGGAACUUCCAAGUCGUCCAAGAAGAAAUCCCGGGUACAAAGAGAACGACCCCCAGGCUGAAGUUGGUCCAUACAAGGACUCUGAAAGUUUCCGAUGAUAUUCUGAGCCUUCGUUUCUCCCCUGAUGCUCGGUUAUUGGCAGUUGCUCUCUUGGACAAUACGGUCAAGGUUUUCUUUACGGACUCCUUGAAACUCUUCCUCAACCUCUAUGGCCACAAACUUCCUGUUCUGAACAUGGACAUUUCAUAUGACAGCAAGAUGAUUGUUACAUGCUCUGCCGAUAAAACGGUUCGUCUUUGGGGCUUGGACUUCGGUGAUUGUCACAAGGCCUUUUUGGCCCACGAUGACAGUAUCAUGGGCGUUGCCUUCGUGCCGAACAAUAAGGAAGGAAACGGGCAUAACUUUUUCAGUGCAAGCAAGGAUCGUGUGAUUAAGUAUUGGGAUGGUGAUAAGUUUGAACAAAUUCAGAAGUUGACGGGUCAUCAUGGCGAGGUCUGGGCUUUGGCUAUCAGUCACACUGGGGAGUUCAUCGUCAGCGCCAGUCACGACAAGAGUAUCCGCAUCUGGGAACAGACCGAUGAGCCACUUUUCCUCGAAGAAGAGCGGGAGAAGGAACUCGAAGAGAUGUACGAAAAUAACGCAUUGGAUCAGGAAGAUGAGGAAGGUGACGAAAAGGCCGAAGCCGUUGACGCUGGUAAGCAGACUAGCGAGACACUCAUGGCGGGAGAACGGAUCAUGGAAGCCCUGGAUCUGGGAAUGGAGGAUCUGGAAGUCAUGCGCCAGUGGCGCUCUCUGAAAGCGACCCAGCCCAAUGCUGCACCCCCAACUCGCAAUCCAUUGUACAUGGCACUGGGCAACAUUUCCGCUGAGCAAUAUCUGCUCAAUGUCGUCCAGAAGAUCCCUGCUGCAGCCCUUCAAGAUGCACUGCUUGUCUUGCCCUUCUCUAAGGUCCCUGCGCUCUUCACCUUCCUGGACAUCUGGGCCAACCGCGAGUGGAACAUCUCUCUCACAUGUCGCGUCCUAUUCUUCAUGCUCAAAACGCAUCAUCGCCAACUCAUCUCUAGUAGGACGAUGCGUCCAAUGCUGGAUAGCAUUCGGUCCACCCUCCGUCGGGUUCUGGAACGCCAGAAGGAUGAAAUGGGAUUCAAUCUCUCCGCUCUGCAGUUCAUCAGCAGUCAAGUGAAAGAACAGAGCACCAAGGACUAUGUUGAUGAGGAACAGUGGGAAGAACAGCAGAAGACAACCGCAACGGGCAAGAAGCGACAAUUUGUCAGUAUCGCUUAA